AGUCAGCAAAUGGAAGUCUUCCCUCUACCGCGUGACGCCUCAAAUUGGAUUUGGAUAUCGGUCCGUUUUCACCUGUUUGGCCCGUCUGCAGGUGUAAAGGCCGGCGAAUAGGUAGGUGUACAAGUCGGCCAGAGCUGACCAAGAACAAGAAGACUCCACAAUCUCUCUCCUUUUGUCGUCCCCUCCUCCUCCUCCUCUGAUUUCUAGGUUAGGGUUGUUCUUCUGGUUUUCUGCCUUCCCACGAUGGAUGCCCUGGAUUCCGUCGUCGAUCCCCUGAGAGAGUUCGCCAAGGACAGCGUUCGUCUGGUGAAGAGGUGCCACAAGCCCGAUCGCAAAGAGUUCACUAAGGUUGCGUUCAGGACGGCUAUCGGUUUCGUGGUGAUGGGGUUCGUUGGCUUCUUCGUCAAGCUGAUCUUCAUCCCCAUCAACAAUAUCAUCGUCGGAUCUGGUUAGUUGGGCAGUAUUUGAUUAGAAUGCGUGGGUUUGCUGUAUCAGCAUAUCAUGGCUGCGUCCCGUUUAUUCGAUCAGCAAAGCUGCCUAAAGUUUGCAUGAUCCGAUUCCAUCUACUAUAUUGCUGUGUACUUUGGGAAGCUUAGGCUUUAUUUUGUAUUUUCGCUUAAUGCUAAUUAGCCAUCUUCUUGCUUCUGUGAGAAUUUUUGUCAAGUUACUGUAAGGGAAGGAAAGAACCAUCGAGUUAAGCCUAUAUAUAAAAGAAUCUAUAAUCUAUUUGACUUGGUUAUACACUUA